AGUGAAGUCAUUUAGUUGCGUAUUAAUCAACAUACAGCUUGUGAGGGAUUUUAAAGCAUAUUAUUGCAAAAUAUAUAAGUGUAGAAAAUGACACCUUUAUGUUAUUGAAACGUGCUUCUAUAUUGCCAAAAAUUGUUGAUAUUAAAUGGCGACGCAAUGAAAAACAAUGUGAAAUUCCAAACGUCCAGGACAAAAAACAAUGUGAAAUUCCAAGCGCCCGGCAUGGGCUCAAGCACUCACGGGACCGGCUCGAGCCAUACUGGGGGUGCCAUGGUACUGGAGGAACUUGAGGACUGGGAGAAAUGGGGCGCGGAUUAUGGGACACCGUCAGAACACAAGCGUUCAUCUGCAAUGCCGUCACAGGGUUCGCUCUUCACGAAUUUCGAGGAUGUCCAGUUGACGGACGAGGAGCGAGUGUACCUGACCGCCGCCUACCUGGGUGACUUGGGCGUGCUGCGACAGUCCGUGGAGGAUGCCGUGGAGUCGUCCCUCAACGUGAACUGUCUGGACUACAUGGGGCGCUCGGCGCUCCAUCUCGCCAUAGACAGCGAGAAACUGGAUGUCAUAGAAGUGCUCCUGGACAACCUGAGUUUCAACUGUAUCGAGGAGUCAUUGCUUCACGCGAUAAGUAAAGGCGCGACUAAAAUUGUGAAAAUAAUCACGGAACACCCGAACUUUAUGGAGGGUGAGGAUAGAUUAAGGAGACUCGGUGUUGGUGAAGCCUUUUUCAGAACCGAAGAAAAAAGUCAAUUUUCACCGGAUAUAACCCCUCUUAUACUAGCAGCUCAUUACAACAACCAUGAAAUAAUUCAAAUGUUCCUCUCUAGAAAUCAUAGAAUCGAAAAGCCGCACCCGAUCUCGUGUACGUGUAAUGAUUGUGUCACCAGACAGAACUAUGACUCACUGAAGCGGUCACGGUCGCGCCUGAACGCGUAUCGCGCCUUGGCCAGUCCCGCCUAUAUGGCCCUCUCAAGCCCAGACCCAAUCAUGACAACGUUCGAGCUCAGGCAGGAAAUGAUGAAACUGGCGGAAAUCGAAAAGGAGUUUAAGAGUGAGUACCUGAGUUUAGUCGAAAAGUGCAUGAAUUUCGCGUGUGAGUUGAUGGAUCUGUGCCGUGGGACGCAGGAGGUGGAGGCGGUGCUCAGCGAGGGUAGCGACUGCUCGUCCGACCAGGGCAAGCGUGACCCGCUCGCAAGACUGAAAAUGGCCAUACGAUACCAAGAGAAAAAGUUUGUCGCCCACCCCAACUGCCAGCAGCACAUGACGUCCAUAUGGUACGGCUCGGAGAUGGGUUUCCUGCAGAGCUUCAACUGGAUACGGGAGACAGUGUACGCGGUCCUCUUUCUGCCAGCCAUCCCCUUCCUGUGCGCGGUCUACGUGUUCCUGCCCAACUCCAAGCUGGGCUCCAUCAUGCGGUGUCCGGUGACGAAGUUCAUAACGCACACGACGUCACACUUGUGUUUCCUCAUGCUGCUCGCCGUCGCCACGUUCCGGAUAUCCGAGAGCAGCGUGUCCAUCCGCUCAACAGCCGACCUGCAGCUUCCCAACAACGCGCACUUCUCGAGAGAAGAAAAGAUAGAAAGUUUGCUAAAAGAAACAUUACGACCUGCGAGCACCUUACUAACUCAUGUACAAAUGUGUAUUGUAUUUUGGAUAUUAGGUUUGUUAUGGAUAGAAUGUAAGCAGAUCUACAGCUCAGGGGGCCUGUCCUAUUUCGUCAACUACUACAACUUUAUGGACUACAGCGUUCUCUCCAUGUACCUCGCCUCCUACGUUCUCAGAUUCUUCACCGAGUACAUGGUGGCAGAGGCGGACAGCUAUUUCCGGGGCACGCGACGCGCACGUGAGCUACUCGUGCAGGGUCACGUGCAGGAGAACUACACGCUCUUCAACUUGCUGUUACAAGAAAUAAAGGAUCCGAUGAACCAUCCUCGAAAUUACUUCAUGGAAGCAUCUCGCUUCAAAUGGAAGAUGGACGACCCGGAGAUUGUGUCGGACGUUUUGUUUGCUAUUGCCAACGUUAUCAGCUUUGCUCGAACCACUUACCUCAUGCCUGCUUUCGAAGUGUUGGGCCCACUUCAAAUAUCUUUGGGCAGAAUGAUCGGAGACAUAACCCGCUUCUUGGUGCUAUUUACUUUGGUGUUGUUUUCGUUCAUGGUGGGUAUGCACAACCUGUACUGGUACUACGGCACACAGCGUAUACAGAUGACCAUGAACGGGCAUACGGUACAAGUGUUCGCAGCGGAGGCGUUCCAGGGCCUCAGACAGACGUUCUACAGCCUGUUUUGGUCGAUUUUUGGUCAGGUCAGCAUCACAGACAUAAACGUGAAGCACCCGGGACCCGGCGGAAUUCGUCAGUGCAUGCUGCUCGACAGUGACAGGAACAAAAUUCUGUGUACGGACGGGGUCCAGCAAAACUCGAGCCGAGCAGUUUACAGCGCCGGUCAUGGCUCCGUUUCGGACUAUACGGAGAGCAGCACGGACAUCGUGGAAGGAGUCGGUCUCAUGCUGUUUGCUAUCUACCACGUUGUCAUUAUCAUCGUCCUUAUCAACAUGCUCAUCGCUAUGAUGAGUCAUUCCUUUGAAGCAAUACAGGGCGACUGUGAUGUCGAAUGGAAGUUCGCUCGAACCAAGCUCUGGAUGAAUUACAUGGACGAUGGAAGCACACUUCCGGUUCCGUUUAACAUGAUCCCUUCUCCGAAGUCGUUCUGUUACCUCUGGAGCUGUUUUCGCCAACUCUGUGUUAGCAAAGAAAAAGGAAAGGAAAAUUAUGAAAGAAAAAUAAGAAAAACAUUCAUAAAGGCCGACUGCGAUCAUGACCGUGCGGACAGCAGCGCCAAGUCCAGUAGUCAGAGCCUGCAGAGACGCCGUGAAACUGUGUGCAAGACGCUGGAGUUAAAACCAGACGACACCUCCUACAGUGACAUUAUGCAGCGUCUCGUCAAACGAUACCUCUUCAAACUGGAACGAGCGAAGGAUGAGAUUGAACGAUUGAAAGAUGGAGCAGCGAACAUUCAGAACAUUCGUACCGAGGAGAUAGAACUAAUUGACGACGACGACGAACCGCCGCCGGUGCCGGAGACACCUCGAAGAAUCCAGUUCGACCGUACGUACGACAAACCCCAGACCAUCAACGAAGAUGAUGACAAUACGUUCAACAGAAAUACUCGAAACUCCGUUCGAAAGCGGAAGGGUGGCAGUCGGGGGCAGGGCAGGAAGAUAUCUCACAGCGCCACCCAGAUCGCAACCACACUCGCCAUACCGCAGCUGGACGCCAUUCAGCGACAACAGAAGCUGCUCGACGUCCGACUGCAGCACCUGCAGGCCAGCAGCAAAGAAAACAACAGGAUCAUUGACGACGUAGAUUUCCUAAGACGAGUGAUGACCGAAAACCAAAAGGCCAUGUUUAAUAUUAUCCACGCGUUGUCAAACAUGCAGAGCGAGAUCGGCUCCCUGGUGAAGUGUCUGUCUCCGCAGGCGCCCACUCCACCGCCGAUUUCAAACGCACACAGCGCUCCGAACUCCGGCCCCCGACAGUCCACCGGCCGGAAGAGGCCGAGCCAACCGGAUGAUGAGGAAAGUCGCUUCUAAAUCAUGACACAUAGAAACGAAGUAUAAGUGAUUAAAAACAUUAAACACAUAAUCCAUAAAUGUAUACACGUACAUGCGGAUGCUUUUCUAAAGCAGCCCUUUUCAAACAUUAGCUUACGAUAAGAUACUUCAUCACGAUCGGAUGCUCUAGCACGUGGAGUUGGUACGGUUCUAUCCUUUUGCACGUGACAAUGGUGAAAGUGGUUUGCAUAAUACCUAUUACGCGGUUGCGCGCAUGAAUAUGCAGACGAACAACAUUGAUUUUUAAAUUAUUUUUAUGUGUAAGGGCCCACCUAGAUGAAAUCGAAAUAAAAUAUGACUCGUUUCACCAUUUCCACGUGCAAAAAGAUAUCAUACCUAACCCCAAGUGCUAAAGCGUCCGAUCGUCAUGGACGAAUUAUUUUCAUCGUGAGUUUCAAUAGAAUGUAGUCAAAUGAUCACAUGUACAAUUUAAAAUAUGUACUCAUAACUGAGAUAUUCAAGUUUGAAAGGAGUUGCGUAAGAAAAGUACGCGCACUUUAUUUUCUUCAAAUUGUAUCUGUACCAGUUUUGUUAUUGUGGUAUUGUUGCAAAAUACAAAAUUAAUUUAAAUAUUGCGUCUCAGCAAAUUGGUCCAGUAUUUCCGAAAAUCAAUGUGUACAAAUAAAUCAUGGAUCGUAUAUUGUUGCUAGAGAGAUAUUAAUUUUUGGAUUGCUUGUAACCAUCACUGUAUUUAAGUUUGAGUCGUAUAAAGAAUUUUUGAGACUGUAGAAUCAAGCGAACAUGUUUAAAGACAAAGCGGAAACAUUUGAACAUCGAAGAAUUGAUAACAUGACACAUUUAUGUAAUUGUUGCAUACACUAUAUGAAGAUAUUUAAAGAAUUCUAUCGUCAUCACAAAAGAUACAAAACAUGUCAAACAAAUAAUCUCGUUUGUAAUAAAAUUUUAUAAAAAAAACAACAACAUAAAUUAAUGAUCUACUUAACGAGAAUAUUUUUGCAGAAAAAGAACAAAUAAUGUACAAAAAUAAAAUUCAUAGAAGAAAGCUUCUUUUAGGUCGAUGGAACUAAGAUCCUAAAAAUAACAAAAGCUCAAGUCACUGUUCUAAGCGAAUCGUUUUAAAUAACAUAAUAUACAGCAAGUAAGUAUGAUGCAAACUAUGGGAUUGUGCAACUGAAGUUGCAAUGUGCUUAUAUGUGUGCCACUAUUUUUAAAAAGCAACACAACAUAUUCAGAAAGAUGGAGUUCUAUCAGUGACACACAUUUGUGUAGAAACGCAUAUUUGUUUAUUAAAUUCCAUAGUGUACCGCAAUCAAUUGAGAAGCGUUCUGGGAAAACUGGCAUUAAUGCAUGUGUAGUCCGCAUAGACGAAACUUUCCGCUUUUAUGGAAAUUUUCGUGUAAAGGACGUCUCUGUUAUGGCGGUAAGUGUCGUCCUUGAUCAGGACCGCACAAGCUACCUAGGACACUUAGUCAUAUGCAUUAAGCACGGUUUUCCCGCAACGUGACGCAGUUUAUGACUCUGUAAACAGUAUAAGAUACAGAAAUCAAAAUGAAACUACAAAGAAACUUUUGGUCUUGCAGAAAUUGUUAUAUUUUUAAUUUAAAUUUCAACAAUACAGCAAGUUCAGCGAUACUUUUGCUGCAAAAUAAUAUGACGUAUAAGGUUACAAAAAUCAAUUUAGCUUUUUAGGGCUGAAAUAUGACCCCAAUACAUAACAGCAGUUUAACACAAUACAUUCUAUAUCAUAAAAGUAUCAAAUUUACUCAGCGCUACAGUGCGUUUUGCGAGUUGAAAACAAAAGAUUUAUUUCUCGUUUAACAAACAUAAUAGAUCAAAGCAAUAAAGAAAUCUUAAACACUU